CCCCUUUUUUCUCCUCUCAAACCUCCCUCUCUCUGCCAUUGCAUCCAUUUUUUGUGCAUUUAAGAAAUCUCCAAGAAUUACACUCCCCGAGCUGGAGGAAGCUUUUAUAGAAGCAGCGUGGCGGAGGAGGAGGAGGGUUAAGGGCUUGCAGCGGAAAACAAAACAAGGACGGAGCGGGCAUCUUUUAUUCCCAGCAUGCGAGUGAAACCCCUCUAAAGGAUGGCAGCGAUGGGAUAGGCAGGAUUUAACAUGACUGCAAAAUAAAAGCCGCUGUGUGUAAAAGAUGUCUGCUCCCCACGGGCCCCGGGGCGGCCCCGGCCCGGGCCCGGGCCCCGGCCCCGGCCCCGGCUCGGGCCCGGGGCCCGCCGCCUCUGCCGCCGCCGCGGCCCCCGACAUGCCGGACCUCAGCCACCUCACCGAGGACGAGAGGAACAUCAUCCUCGGAGUCAUGGACCGACAGAAGAAGGAGGAAGCCAAGGAGCAGUCCAUGUUAAAGAUCAAAGAAGAACCUAAGCCUCAGCCGGCACAGUGGUUUCCCUUUAGUGGGAUCACUGAGCUGGUAAAUAAUGUUCUUCAGCCCCAACAAAAGUCCCAAAAUGACAAGGAGCCACAGCCAGACGCAAAGCUACACCAGCAGUUUGAAUCGUACAAGGACCAGGUUAAGAAGAUGGGAGAGGAGACGAAGCAGGUUCAGGACCAGAAGGCCGAAGCCCCAACCUGUGGGAUUUGCCACAAAACCAAGUUUGCCGAUGGCUGUGGUCACCUCUGUUCAUAUUGCCAAACGAAAUUCUGUGCUAGGUGCGGAGGACGAGUGUCUCUGCGGUCAAAUAAGGAGGACAAAGUGGUUAUGUGGGUAUGCAACUUGUGCCGAAAACAACAAGAAAUCCUCACCAAGUCGGGGGCGUGGUUCUACAGCUCAGGGCCCGGCCAAGUGCGGGGUGUGUUUGAGGGUGGGCCGCAGGGUAAAAAGGCCAAACUGCAGGACCCGUCCCAUUACCCCUACCAGGGAGCCUCAGGGGAUCUGACAGCGACUUCAGACAGAAGCAGACCUCACGGCGGGCUCCUGCCCCGGCAGGCGUCCCUUGACAAUGGUACAGGGCUAAGAUACUCGGGACCCGGUGACCCGCCCAUAGACAGGAAACGAAGUCCAUCUGCAUCCAGGGAUCCCAACCAACACUACGACCAAAGGGAGGGGGGCGAGCACCCGCAGUAUGCCCCGACAGACGGCAGCAUGCCCAGAUCACCGUCCGACUAUGGAGAUAGGGACCCCCGGCAGGGUCCCCGGGGCCCGCGCAUGUACCCCGACGUGGAUGCCAUGCGGACGGGCUUCAGGGACCGGCGGGGCCCCGGCCGCUGGCACUCCCAGGAAUACCCGCUGGACCAGGAGCUAGAUGGACCGCCCAGUGAGUACGACCUCCAGCGGCAGCGCCAGGAGGAGUUCCAGACCCGGUACCGCAGCGACCCCAACCUGGCCCGCUACCCCGUCAAGCCCCAGCCGUACGAGGAGCAGAUGAGGAUGCACGCCGAGGUGGGCCGGCUGAGGCACGAGCGUCGCCACAGCGACGUCUCCCUGGCCUACACCGAGCAGGACGAACCCGCCCCCAUCCGACUGUCCCGCCAACAUCUCACCGAGCGCCGGCCGCCCAUGAUGGGCCAGCGCUCGUACUCCGUGGACCGCUCCUCCCCGGGCCCCAUGGGCCAGAGCAUGGGGGGCCACAGGACCUCCAACCACAGCCCCCCCACGCCGCACCGCAGCCCCGUGCUGGGCGACCGGUCGGGCGACCUGCGGAGAGGAGACCACGGGGACCCCAUGAGGAGGCAGCAGCUCCACCUGGACCCCAGCUCGGCCGUCCGCAAGUCCAAGAGAGAGAAGAUGGAGAGCAUGUUGCGGAAUGACUCUCUCAGCUCCGACCAGUCAGAGUCGGUGCGGCCCCCGCCCCCCAAGCCCCACAAAACCAAAAAGGGAGGGAAGAUGAGGCAGGUCUCACUCAGCAGCUCGGAGGAGGAGCUGGCCACCACGCCGGAGUACACCAGCUGCGAGGACGUGGAGAUAGAGAGUGAGUCGGUCAGUGAAAAAGGGGACAGUCAAAGGGGAAAAAGAAAAACUAUUGAGCAGGCAUUUAUGUCCGAGCCGACACAGACCUUAUCUGAGAGGCAAAAGAAAAUGGUGCGCUUUGGGGGACACUCAUUUGAAGAGGACUUGGCAUGGUGUGAACCGCAGGUUAAAGACUCGGGAGUUGAUACGUGCAGUAGCACUACCCUAAACGAGGAGCAUAGCCAUAGUGAGAAGCACCCUGUCACAUGGCAGCCAUCCAAAGAUGGGGAUCGCCUAAUAGGCCGUAUAUUGCUCAACAAGCGCAUGAAAGAUGGGAGCGUGCCUCGAGACUCAGGAGCUCUGCUUGGUCUGAAGGUGGUGGGAGGGAAGAUGACAGAAUCUGGUAGACUUUGUGCUUUCAUCACUAAAGUGAGAAAAGGAAGUCUAGCGGACACUGUUGGACACCUCAGACCAGGUGAUCAGGUGCUGGAGUGGAAUGGGAAGCUUUUGCAAGGAGCCACAUUUAAAGAAGUUUACAAUAUCAUAUUAGAAUCCAAGCCCGAGCCGCAGGUGGAGCUGGUGGUGUCGCGGCCCAUAGGCGAUAUUCCAAGGAUACCCGACAGCACACAUGCACAGCUGGAAUCAAGUUCGAGUUCCUUUGAGUCUCAGAAGAUGGAUCGCCCGUCAAUCUCCGUCACGUCUCCGAUGAGUCCCAGCAUGCUGAGGGACGCGCCCCAGUACCUGUCAGGACAGCUCUCAGUUAAACUGUGGUACGACAAAGUGGGCCAUCAACUAAUCGUCACCAUCCUGGGCGCCAAAGACCUGCCGCCCAGGGAAGAUGGCCGGCCCAGGAACCCCUACGUCAAAAUAUACUUCCUCCCCGAUAGAAGUGACAAAAGCAAGAGAAGAACAAAAACAGUAAAGAAGUCCUUAGAGCCCAAAUGGAAUCAGACUUUUAUGUAUUCGCCGGUCCACCGGCGGGAGUUUCGGGAGCGCAUGCUGGAGAUCACGCUGUGGGACCAAGCCCGGGUCCGAGAGGAGGAGAGUGAGUUCCUGGGAGAGAUCCUCAUUGAGCUGGAGACGGCUCUUCUGGACGACGAGCCUCACUGGUACAAGCUGCAAACACACGACGUGUCGUCCAUCCCACUUCCACGUGCCUCCCCGAACGCCCAGCGCCGGCAGCUCCACGGAGAAAGUCCAACGCGGCGACUGCAAAGAUCCCAGAGGAUAAGUGACAGCGAGAUAUCAGACUAUGAUUGUGAAGAUGGUGUUGGCGUUGUAACAGACUACCGGACAAACGGCAGAGACUUCCAGAGCUCCACGCUGUCUGUCCCGGAUCAGGUCAUGUCGUCCAACCACUGCUCUCGGUCCGCCGACAUAAACCGAGCACGGUCGCGCUCCCCCAGCGUUCCCCCGCCCUCCAGCCGCAACCAUCGCGUGCGCCCGAUCUGCAGGGAGGAUGCAGUCAGGUUACUGCGUUCCACUAGGAUGACCCGUGCCUAUUCAGAGGGGUCCUACUCCUCCGACUAUGACUACGAGAGGAACCACGGCGCCAUGGACAGACACGACUAUCACAACAGGUCCCGCUCCGCAGACCAGCGGCCCACUAUAGAGCGCCUCUCGUCGCGCUCGCGCUCCACUGAACGCCCCCACGACUCUUCACUCAUGAGGUCGAUGCCGUCUCUGCCAUCCGGGAGGUCUGCACCCCCCUCACCUGCCAUGACGAGGGCGCAUCCUCGUAGCGGAUCGGCCCAGAUCAGUCCGGCCAGUACACCGAUGUCCAGCAGACGAGGCCGGCAGCUCCCACAGCUCCCACCCACGGGAAAAGACAGAAAAGACGCGGACUUACCAAGUUGGACGAACUCAGGUAUGGACAUGGAGGAGAGGACCAAGCAGAUGAAACUAAAGAUGAACAAGUACAAGCAGGGGGCCGGCUCCGACUCCAGACUCGAGCAGGACUACCACAAGCGCUCAGGCAGAGACCCGCGGGGCUCCGACAACCUGUCGGCCAAGUCGUCGGACAGCGAUGUAAGCGACGUGUCCGCUGUGUCGAGAACGAGUAGUGCCUCUCGGUUCAGCAGCACGAGCUACAUGUCUGUCCAGUCAGAGAGGCCGCAAGGAAACCGAAAGAUCCGUGACUUUGCAUCCAAAACUACAAACAGGCAGACGGACUCGUCCGCCGGGAUGAACAUGACCAAGAGCACGAGCGUCAGCGGCGACAUGUGCAACCUGGAGAAGACGGACGGCAGCCAGUCGGACACGGCGGUCGGCACGGUAGGCACUGACGAGAAGAAGCGGCGCUCCAGCAUUGGUGCCAAAAUGCAGGCCAUGGUUGGCAUGUCGCGCAAGAGCCGGAGCACCUCGCAGCUCAGCCAAACAGAAGCGGGAGGUAAGAAGUUGCGCAGCACUAUCCAGAGGAGUACGGAGACGGGCCUGGCGGUGGAGAUGCGCAGCAGGAUGACCCGGCAGGCCAGCCGCGAGUCCACCGACGGCAGCAUGAACAGCUACAGCUCCGAGGGAAACCUCAUCUUCCCCGGCGUGAGACUCUCCUCAGACGCUCAGUUCAGCGACUUCCUGGACGGGCUCGGCCCGGCCCAGCUGGUGGGCCGUCAGACGUUAGCCACUCCACCGAUGGGGGACAUUCAGAUCGGCAUGGUGGACAAGAAAGGAGCCCUGGAGGUGGAGAUCAUCAGAGCCCGCAGCCUUGUGGGAAAACCAGGUUCCAAGUCACUGCCAGCACCAUAUGUAAAAGUCUACCUUCUGGAAAAUGGAGUCUGCAUAGCCAAAAAGAAAACUAAAGUAGCAAGAAAAACCUUGGAUCCUCUUUACCAGCAGCAACUGCCGUUUGAGGAGAGUCCAGGAGGAAAGGUUUUACAGGUUAUCGUUUGGGGGGACUAUGGACGUAUGGACCAUAAAUCAUUCAUGGGAGCAGUUCAGAUACUGUUAAACGAGCUGGACCUGUCCAACAUGGUGAUUGGCUGGUACAAGCUCUUUCCCCCCUCCUCACUGGUGGACCCCACUCUGGCCCCACUGACAAGAAGAGCUUCCCAAUCGUCCCUGGACAGCUUCUCUCGGUCAUAGCAGCGUGUGGACUAAUAGCAUUGUUGUAGCAGCCAGUGUUGCGAUCGCAGGUCACGAGCCCCGGUUACACUGCAUGCUUGAUGUUGUGUCUUCUGAGCCUGUUUCUAGGGGUGCAAACGUGAUCCUGUGAUUCGAGCAAAAAUGUUGCGCACAUUGUGCACGUGGCAAAAGUGUGUCGCAAGCGCCCGGCGGCAGGGAUUGCCAGGUGUUUUUGUUAUUUGAAGGAAGCUGGAAUGAACUCCUUUCGCACAAGGAAUCCGUCAGUUCCAGGUUUUCUUCCGAUUCGAAGCCAUGGGGGUCGACGCUGGGAACCGCUCCGCCAGUUCCUCAGAGGCCCUUUUCGAAUGAAAUCAAUGCGUUGCUUUCUUUCUUUUUUUUUGUUUUUUUUCAUUUGUAAGUUUUAUUUAAUUUUUUUUUGUUUUGUUUGGUUUUUUUCUUUUUUUUUCCCUUUAAAUGUACUCGUGUCUGAACGGGGUGACGGUGUUUCUAACCAGACGCCCGGUCACGCCACGCCAACAGACCCGGCUGUGUAAAUGCUGUUUUGGAGACCACCACUUUGGGUGAGGUGUGUCCACAAUUCCCAAAAAAGAAAAAAAAAAGAAAAGAGAAGAAAAUGCCCCACAUUCAUAGUUUCACGUGCUGGUCAUCCUGGUUCAGGGGCAAUACUGACGCGGCCUCUAUCAGCGCUCCAGAGUACACAGUAACAAUACCCACCCCGAGGGAAAACAUGUACAAUCUUCAUAACCUUUUCUUUGUUGGUAUAUUGUAUGAAAAUUAAAUGAGGAAAAAAAGACAAGUUUUCCUUUUUUUAGUUCAUUUGCAUGGGCACAAAUUUAGCAGAAUAAGAAGAAGAAGAAGAAAAAAACAGUAAAUUUAUUUUCUUGAGGCUGCAACUUGCAAAAAAGAUUAAGGACGUUAAAUAAAACAGAUCAGCCAUUUUCAAGAAUUUAUAUUAUUUUUAAAGAUAAAAUUCACUAGUGCAUGGUUUUCAAGGGGAGUGAAUGCAACAUUGUGAUAAAAAAACAACAAAAAAAACCUUGUUUAUCCUUUAGACCACUCAUGAGUCUGUGUUUUGCAGACAUGCAGAUAAGGAAAACUUUAAGGAAACUUUUGGAGUUAUUUAAGAAAAAAAAAUGUUUAUGUGAUUAAAAAAAAAGGUGAUAAUGAAAAUAAAUGUAAAUUAUAUAUUUCAUUGUAAAAGGCUCCUGCCUUAUAAAGAUAAACAUUAUGUGCAAAUUGUACGUUUCUCUUUUUCUUCCUCGUCCCAGGGUACUUUUCAUCGUAGUAAUCAUUGCUACCAUUGAUCAGUCCCCUGAAAUCAUCCAGAUUUUAGGACUGUCGUCACUUUACAGUUCUAGAUUGUUUUACUAUGUAUUUUAUUUUGGAUUUGACUUGUCUUAACAAGCAUGUUGAAAGGGAUUUUCUGCAACAUGUCUUGGGCACACCUUACAGUAACUCAGCAUGUUUUGAUAAAGAAGAUAUUUGGAAUUUUUGCAGUUUCUUGUACAGUGCAUGUCGACUUUAUUACUUUCUUCCCUCACAUUAAAUUGAGCAGCAAACUAGUUGUUGGUCUCUCAUGACCAAUUAUUGAGGUUUGAAAAAAAAAAACAACAACAGACAAACAAAAAAAAAAACAUUCCACCCCUAAAAAGUCAUAUUUUCUUUCAGGUUUUUUGAAGAAAAAAAAAAAGAAAAGAAAAAGAAACUAGAAAAAAAUAUUUUAUAUCUAUCGGAGGCUGGCGAAGUAGUUGUGAUUGCAAGUGUAUUUUAUUUCAGUAUUGUUGACAAACAUGCAAAAACCAUCUGUGCUGGUGCAGCAAGAGGUCUAUACGUAACCCAGAAGCGACGAACGCGCGGCGCGCGCGUGAUGCUGCGGUCCAACUUUACAGGCACUGCUAGUGACGACGAGCAAAUCACACGUUCAAACCAUAAGGGAUAUUGCCACAGAAAAAAAGUUUUUCCUUGUUUUGAUGGGAAUUAAAUUCAUUUACUAUAUUUUUGUUAGUUUUAUUUAAAAGCCAAGACCAGUUAUUUUUUAUUUCCUAUUUUUAGUAAUUAUAAAUACCUCUCAUGUUUGGGAGGUAUGCAAAGUCUUAUUGUUGCAGUAUGUCUGAAUGAAAAUGAACUGAGGCAUCGUUCCUUUUCCACAUGAGGAUAAAGCAUUUUAAUGUCGAAUAAAAACCUCGUCGUUGUAACAGAUUACAAUAUAUAUUUUGUUUUAAUUUUCAUUGUAUAUACUUUUAGAUGUCAGAAUUUGAAUAAACAAACUACCACAAACAGGUUCACAGACUCUUUUGGAACAGGAAAAAUGCCUCAUGAUGACAAAGACAUAUGUUAUUUAUCCCUUUGAAUGCCUUUUCGUUUUCUCUUUUUGGUGCAAUGUGUUAAUGCCAAGGCUAUGUCUUGGUUAAGUAUGGUUGAGUACAGAGAUUUAUGUAAGUUAUUUUUCAAAUUAAGAAUAAAAAAGAUUGAUAUUA